UGGGGUGUGGAUAUGUGAUUUGACGCGUGUAGUUUCUUGCCAAUUUGACGUCGUCGUAUGUGAAAUUUCUGUUUAAGAUGAAGCCCCACAUUUGAGUGAGGGCCUCGCCAAUCCCGUAGGCCGAGAGUGUUCAGAAGUGAUGGCCGUGUACAGAUAUACUUAUAGCUCACAGUUUCAAAACUUGAAGUUCAAUAUUUUAUCUCUCAAGGCUGAGGUAUUAGUGUACUUAAUCUCUUUUUAAUUCAAUCUCGAGGUGUCUAAUUUCUAGUUUUGUACAUCCCCGUGCCUAAGAUUUUUAUACGAGUUCUAUUCUAGUUUGUUAGUUAUUGCAACUUGGUGCAAAGUGCCUGUGUAGGCUAGCUUAUUUCCACUGCAGUGAUACAAGUGUUAAGUGAAUAUCAGUGUGUUAAUUUAAUACUUACGACCACAACAUCAUCGUUACGACCACAACAUCAUUUAAUCACCACAACAACACACACGAUAUCAUCGUCCAAUAUCAACGUGUGUGUUGCGGGGCGGGAGGUUGCACGCAACAGCGGCGCCAUGGCAGGCAUGUGCUCUCUGGUAUGCGAGGGACCGAUAUAGCAUUGGUGCCGUUGCUUGCUAACUCCACUACCCUCCUCUCCCUUCAUUCCUCUUCCCCUCUGGCACUUCAAGCCUGUCACCGCAGCCAUUCUUGUUAUUUUCUACCACCGUACCCACUCACGGCAGCAGCGCCGGGUUGAACGUCACCCCAGUCCUAUUUGAAGUGCCCUUGUUAGCGAGAUUGUCAUGGACGAGCCUGGUACCAACGCGACGCAUCAGGCGCAAGUCGAUGUGGCCGAUGACAACAAGACUGGCCAGCGCGAGCUGAGCGUAAAGAUGAACGGCACAUCGUGUGGUGAAGUGGCUAUGCUGGACGAUGCCGGCGACGCCCUUUCAGCAGAGAUGAGGCUCAAGCGCCUUGAAGAGCUUUUUCUCGGUGGCCCGCUGCUGAACCCUGGUCAGUGCUAUAGCUUGGAGACGCUGCUUGAUGUCCUUAUUGUGCUACACGACGAGUGCCUCAACUCGUCCAUGAGGAGGGAGAAGACUGUGUCUGACUUCAUCGAGUAUGGUGAGUAG